AUGGCACUGUUUAAGGUGAAGUUUGACCUGGCAAAGCGGGUGAAAUUGGCCCAGAUGCUAUGGCUCUUGUACUGGUUUGCGGUAACAGCUGGUGCACUGGUUUUCGCCAUGGGCCUGUUCUUCAAGAUCGAGCUUCGGAAGAACAGCGAGCUGAUGGACAACAACGAAAGCCACUUUGUGCCGAACCUUCUCAUUUUUGUCGGGCUGAUCGCCUGCGGCAUCAACGCUUUUGGCGGGAAGAUCUGCUACGACUCGCUGGACUCCACCAAGUUCGCCAAGUGGAAGUCCAUCAUGAAACCUUUCCUCGUCUCUUGUGUGGUGUUCAACGUUCUCCUGGUUCUGACCUCCCUGUUCUGCUUCAUGAUGCGGAUCCCCCUGGCGUUCACGCUGGCCGAGGGGCUGAAGAACGGCAUGAAGUUCUACAAGGACACCGACACACCUGGACGGUGCUACAUGAAGAGGACUCUGGACCAGAUGCAGAUGGAGUUCAAGUGCUGCGGAAACAACAACUACAAGGACUGGUUCGAGAUCCAGUGGGUUAGCAACCGUUACCUUGACUUCAGCGCCAAGGAGGUGAAAGAUCGAAUCGGCAGCAACGUUGACGGACGUUACCUGAUGGACGCCGUGCCCUUCAGCUGUUGCAACCCCAGCUCCCCCCGCCCCUGCAUCCAGCUCCAGCUGACCAACAACACCGCCCACUACAGCUACGACCACUACACCGAGGAGCUGAACAUCUGGAAGCGCGGCUGCCGCGAGGCUCUGGUGUCCUACUACGGCGGCAUGCUCAACACCAUCGGGAUACUGGUGCUCCUGGUCACCAUACUAGAGGUGGUAGUAAUGGUGGGCCUGCAGUACGUCAACACAGCCAUGUCCACUCUGGUCAACCCCGAGGACCCGGAGAGCGAGAGUGAGGGCUGGAUCCUGGAGAAGACGGUAAAGGAGACCUUCACUGACAUCAUGGCCAAGAUGAAGGCCAUGAGCAAGGGUGGACAGGUGGAAGAAGGGGAGGGGGAUCAGGCCGUCGCUACGGUGAGCUGAGCUAGCCCCACCCACCUCGAACUGAGACCACUCCCCUUGUCAAGGGGGGGAAUGUGAGAUAUUUAUUGCCUCUCUGAUGCAAGCACGCACCCUCCAAACAUACUGCAUCACACUGACACACUGCAAAAGCCACGUACUAAGGCCAACACCAUACUAAGGGAUGUCAGGGUAGGGAAGACAAAUCAUGUACAAAAAUAGAAUAUUUGCCCAUAGGUUUAUGUAAAUUAUGAUGUAUAUAGUAGAAGAAAAUCUCAGCCAUUACAUCUCAGCACUUCUCCUGGAGUUUCUACGUAAAUGUGUCAUUUCAUGAUCCCAGACACACAAAACCCAGAUGAUCCCAAUUACACACACACACACUUCCAACCCUGCUUAUACCUUUUAGAGAGAUGCUUAAUCAAAUUAUACUACACGAUCCACGACAGAUUCAUUUUCUAGAGACUUAACUAAGCAUGGCAAAUUCAAAGAAUCACUUUGCAUUUGUAUUUUUGCUUGUAUUUUUUUUUUUUUCUUUCAUGCUGUAAAUGUACAGUAUUUUUAUUUCUCGUGUUAAAACAUUAACCUUUUUUUAUUUGCUUGACCUUUGACUUGAUAUUUGACCCUGAAACCAUACGCUGCUUUGAGUUUAACAUCCUGAGUCGGAGCCCAAUGAUCAAUCACAUCAGACUGGCAAUACGCAGCUUUCAAUACAAUUCAGACCUCAUACCUUUUUUUUCUCUCUCUCGCUAUAAUGAAUUCACAUGUCAGCUAUGUUUUCACAGUAAGGUCUGCUAAUCAUUUGGGGAAAAACAUGAAGACUCAACCAACAUUCUCAACCAUGUGUGGUGGGGGGGGUUUCAAGUAUCAUUCCUUUGUGAAAUUUGGCACAUUUGGUGAAUAAUCUGUAAUAACUCUUUUAUUACGUGUGCAAAAUCUCUUACCGAUCUGGGCGUAUAGCUGACUGAUAACUGAACCUUUUUCGAUGCAUUAGGAGGUGUGAAUGUUUACUGUUAUGCAGAUGAGGCAGAAUGCAGAUGUGUAGGGUCUUUUUUUUUCGUCAUGGGGAUGGCCGAUUCUCUCUCUGUUUUUCUCCCUUUGCGAUGGAGAAGUUUAAGGGAACACUUGUAUUUAUCCGCCAUCUUGGAUUGGGUUGUUAGAGAUGGGCGUUGGGUUCUGUUAGAAAAAAAGUUUUUUUUUUUUACACACCUCUGAAAGCUUUGCAUUUCCCCCACACUGCUCUAAAGGGAACGCCAAGAACACGGGCAUCUUGUGAUUUGUUUGAUUUAAGUCAACUCAACUCACCAAAAUGACAAAGCAAUACUUCCGAAGACAGCAGCUGAGCAACAGAAACAGAAAGUGUUUUUGUUCUCUCUUUUUGGGCUGUUUUUUGGUCGUUUGUUGUCGUUUAUCGUCGUUUGUUGUUCA